UAAAAGGUAUUUAUUUCAAAAAUAUAUCUCAUGAAUUACAUAAAACUUUACUUAGCUUUCUGGAUGUUGCAACAAAAUUCUUGAAUCUGACAGACUAUUAAAAAAAAGAAAGAAAAACAAGCAAAGCAAAAAGUGUAUUUCAUUUUUUUAAAUUCUAUGGUACCUUCAAUUUCACUUUCGAUUGUAUACCAGCGCCUGUACAUAAACCUAUAUGUUGUGGAAGCCUUAAAAUACUGGGCAGAGUGAGCUACAAAAGGAAGCUACACACAUUUUUUGCCAAAAAUAAUAAUAAAACGGCGUCUUCACACACGUACACACACACACAGAAACGACGAAAGUGAAAAAGAGCGACGCUUACAGGUCAACCAAUCUUGAUAAAGAAGACUAAAUCACACUUAUUUUGCUUCGUCGUCGAAUCAUUACAUAGAAUCAUAGAUGGUGAUAUAGUAUCGACUAUGAACUGGACGAGUCAACCACGAAGUGUGGUCGAGUUGACCGGCCCCGUGUAAACCUGUGCAUAACACGGAUACUAGUAACUUGGUAUGUGGCCUAGAUAUUCUGUUGAACCUUUAGCACCAAGAAAAUGGUUUGCACAUAUAAUAGUAAACCUUUUAACCUUACGCCAUGACACGCCAUCUCGGAUAGACAAUCACACGAUUUGUGUAUUUUUCGUAGUUAAAAUGAUUGUCGGUUGAAGAAAGCGUUUAAAAUUCACCCCUUGCACGUGAUGUUGACCUGUAUGUCUCGAAUCACUCGUGCAGCAUUGUUUACAAUUUCGCGGCAUGGUUCACUGUGGGAUAAACAACUUUCACUGCAGCACGCCUAGGUCAAAUCGGAGCUUGCGGAAACAGGUGCACGAACACAAGGGAGUACUGUUCUUUCGAUGGACCCUCUUAUUGUCACAUUUACUCAAACAAGAAAUACAAUACUUUGUGUGGCACAAAUAGCCGCGAGCGGAAGAGCGGGAUGCAUGGAGUGUGACAUGCGCAGUGGAGCUCGGGGUCGAGUUGAAUACUUCUCCCACCCGCUACCCGGCUGCGUGUACCCACGUCAUGCAAGGCUGCAGCGCCAGGUAGCACGACAUAUGUAGGCGCGCCAGUGGCAUGAGAUCUCAUCCUUCUCUCGGUGAGCCUAUUUUAGCAACGAUUUCCACUCAGGAUCAUUUACAAAAAGAAAGAAUUACAGCACGUGUUUCCACGCCCUACCUGCAUGUGUAUCACCGUAUUUCGCUGUUUAUUGCAAAAUCGUCUGCGAGUGUAGAAAAUGUCAGCGGUAGCAGACGACGCUGCAGAAUUGACAUGGACAGUUUUGAUUAUGUCCACAUGGUGAUUCCUGAUGUGAACGGCCUGCCGCGAGGGCAAGUCAUCCCCAGACGGUUUGUCCGCCAGAAACUGAAAACGGGUGUUGACCUCUACUACGGUGUACUAAUGAUGGGACCCAACUCGGAAUACACUAUGAAAAUAGAAGAAUACGUAACAAUGGAGAACCGGAACUGGAAGCCUGACCUUUCAACUUUGAUAGCUACGCCCUGGUGCGACAGUGGCUCCCGCCGCACAGCUUCCGUUCUCUGUGAUCUUUUGAAAAGGGACGGCACUCCUGAUGGGCUGUCCACCCGGGGUAUAGUGCAGCAGUUACUUGGAAAAUUACGAGACAAUUUUGGACUCACACUUAAAGUUGCCUUCGAGUUUGAAUUCUUUGUCAUGAAGGAGGACACUUUAGAACCGCUCGGAGGAGACAGCUGUCAGUUUUUUGACCUUCGCAGAACGGAGGGUAACAUCGACAUGUUCUACGACCUGUGCGAGACGCUGGAGAAGGCGGGGCUGCACGUGAUGUCCUUUUCCUCAGAGUUUUACGCCGGCCAAUGGGAGCUCAACUUCGACCCUCAGGAUGGCAUCAAAGCCGCCGACAUGGCGUUUCACGUGAAGAACGCCGUCAAGAGCUUCUUCAAGCGGCGCGGCUACACGGCCACCUUCAUGUCGGUGCCUGAUGAUAGUCUGGGGCGCAGCGGCCUUCACUUCAACCACUCUCUGUGGACGGCGGCCGGCCAGAACGCCAUGGUGGACGACCAGAGGAAGGACGCCAUCUCCGACCUCGCACUGCGUUGGAACGCAGGCAUCCUGAAGCACGCGCGCGCCCUGACAGCGCUGUGUUGUCCCACCAUCAACUGCUACCGACGCCUGCACCGAGUGGCCUGCCCUUCCAAAAACACCUGGGCGGUGGAACAUCGUACAGGUAUGACCCGCUUCAGGGUGUCUGAUAACAACGUCUUCAUUGAAAAUCGCCUGCCAUCCUCCGCUGCCAAUCCUUACCUGGUCAUCGCUGGUCAUCUGGCAGCAGGAAUGGCGGGACUGGAGGCCGCGGAAAUCGAACUGCCACCAGAAAUGGAUCUCGAACAUGCGCAGAAACUGCCGGUUUCGCUGGAAGAGGCUUUGGACGUCUUUGAGAAUGACGAAGUAAUGUUGGAGGCGUUUGGUCAGCGGUUUGUGUCGUGUUUUGUCACUGGAAAGUGGGACGGUGAGCUGACGGAAUACAACCUUCUCUGGACAGCCCCAGAAGAGAAAAUAAUUAAGUUCGAGAGAAAGAAGUACCUCGAAAGUUUGUAGUUAUUUCUUCUGUCAGUUGAAAUAAUGAAGUAAAUAGGUAGAAGUGUGACUCAGAAUAGUUUAAAUAGUUCAUUGCAUUUUACACUGGGAACUGUCGGGCUAUACAUGCAGUACGAGAGCCCAUACAAAUGAAGCCGACAACACAUUGAUGAGAUUAGAUGCAGUUAAGAUAUUUAGAAAGUUAAAAUGAUAUAAUUUAAGGGUGAAACAACUGCGGAAAAAGAUGAUGAGUGUUGUUUUUUUAAGGUGGAAAGGACCGAGUUAGAUGUAUAUCACUGAGGUACGCCAGCACAAUAAUUACAGUAAAACCACUAUACAUGUGAUUUUGAAUUGCCCCAACUAAAGUGCUCAAAUAGUAGGCUUUGUAUAUGUUAGGUAAGUAAACAACAACAAUAUCCCUUUUUAUAAAGCUAUACUGUUUUCGGGGGUAUAAAAUGUCGUCGGGAUUUUUUGAAAAAAGGAUGUGUGUCCAUGCAUGCGUGCUUGUUGUGUAAAUGUUCUAGUGUGUUUUGGCCUACUGUGGUGAAUGGACGCCGGCGAGUCCGCAUUAGCAUGAUUGGUGAGACUUAACAGUCAGUAGUUAUGGUUAAUAUAAAAAAGACUGUCAAAAUAUUACAAAGAUUACUUUUGUUUCGCCCCGCUACUCAACAUCUGACUUAUUCUCACUCCCACACCAAUUCAUGAUCUCCAUACAGACUGUAUAAGUAGUUUCACCUUUGAAUAGAAUAAAACAAAUCUUGCCCAUUGCCAUAAAAUUCAUAAAAAUCGUACGCGAAAAACGAGAAAUGAAAAAGUAUGCAGGAAAUUCCAAAAGAAUUAUUAAAAAAUUAUUUUGUCUUGGUUUGCUACGCAUGAUCAUGUGUCUUGUAAACAUAAUUGUUUGUUGAGGAAGAUAAUGGUAGCGUGAGGUUUGUGCUUCAUGGGUAAUCUUAACGGAAAAAUAUAUACGGCAAUGACGUAAGUACACAAGACGCAUACGCGUACGUACAUUGGCUCUUUUGUUUUUGUGACUAACAUAAAGUUUGCACUCAUUUUUCUUAAGGAAUCAUUUUUUAAAAGAAAUAGAAAGUUCACUUCUUUAAUAAACUUUACAGGCACAAACAGAAAUAAUUCUCGAUUAACAAAAAAUAUACAAUCUAUACGAAGAGCACAUAUACAAUUAACGUAGUUGAUACUCUCACAUACUCUUUCUUUCUCAUUCGCAGCAGACGGCUUUCUCUUCGUCUAUUACAUUCUCACCAGCACAUCGUUACUCACUGCUAUGUAACAGGUUGGUCCCUCGCUGCUUGACCUUUCCCCCUUCCCCCCUCAACUCCAGUAAACUAAAUGUAUUAUGACGUGGACAGCCAAAAAAAA